UACGGCUUAUCUGCUUUCUCCUUUUGCUUCCCUUCGUCCAGCCAGCCUGAUUCCUUUUCCCUAAUUAGGACCCCACAUGCAAGGGUUUGUUCUUCCAGGAUAGAGACAAGUCAAUGUAUCUAUCUUUAUACCAGUACUAUAGCUGCUACUUCUUGAUCAAUUACAGCUUUAGUACCUCUCUCGCCUAUCGUCACUAUGCAAGAGAUAUAUAAAAGAUACCCAAUCAUAGUAGUACCCCCACUUCCUGGCAGCAUUCAAUCUGGAGCAAAGCCUGCUUCCUUAAACCCUUGCCAAAAUCACCAAAUGAAAGCCCCAAAUCUGUAUAGGAUGUUCCCAACAUCCUCGUUCUGAGAUGCCCUGAAAUUCUCCAUUGCUCAUGACUGAGUAAUAAAAAAAACUUGUUUAACUAAAGGCGGGUUUCUGGUAGUCCUGGCUGGAGAGCAUUGACUUAAAAAAAAUAUAGGAUUAAUAUCUUCAAAAUAAAUAGAACAGUAAACAUCAACAAGGAUUCACACCCCGAUAAUGAAAUUGGGCAGAAAAAGGAAAAAUAGUCGUAAGAUGCAAAGUACAAAUGGUUUUAUAAUACUGAAAAAAAUUUUACUUCAAAUGCUUAGCAUGAUGCUUCUGAUUCAGUUGGUGGGACCUUUAUUUCACAUUUGAAUUCAGCUGCUCCCGAUGUCCCUUUCCUGAAAAUCUCAAUACUGAAAGCUCAAGAAACCCUGUAGUUGGCGAAGUUUGUCCUUUACCAUCAGCUUUUGGGGUGGGGGUCAGAAGAAACACGGGUGAAAAGGCAGCGCAGAACGAGGCUGAAGCUCCGCCCCUCGACAAUAAGUCCAUAUUCCUGCGGCCGGCAUGGUCCUCCGAGGGAGCCGCUGAGCAGCCGAGGCUGGCCGGUCCCAGGGGUAGGACGUUCUAGCACGAGCCUACUCGAUGGUAGGGAAUGGAGCGACUUGGUCUCCGGGCGCUGCCAUGUUGGAGGCUCCGGGCCCGAGUCAUGGCUGCGAGCUCCGCCACCCCAGCAGCGCCGUUAAAGCCAGCUGCGUCCGGCAGAUGCUGGAAGUGCAGCCAGGACUGUAUCUGGGUGGAGCCGCGGCCGUCGCGGAACCAAACCACUUGAGGGAAGCGGGCAUCACGGCCGUGCUAACGGUGGACUCGGAGGAGCCCAGCUUCCAGGCGGGGCCUGGGGCCGAGGGUCUAUGGCACCUCUUCGUGCCAGCGCUGGACAAACCCGAGACUGACCUGCUCAGCCAUCUGGACCGGUGCGUGGCCUUCAUCGGCCAGGCCCGCGCCGAGGGCCGUGGGGUGUUGGUGCACUGUCAUGCAGGAGUCAGUCGAAGUGUGGCCAUAGUAACUGCUUUUCUCAUGAAGACUGACAAACUUCCCUUUGAAAAAGCCUAUGAAAAGCUCCAGAUUCUGAAACGAGAGGCUAAGAUGAAUGAGGGGUUCGAAUGGCAACUGAAAUUAUACCAGGCAAUGGGAUAUGAAGUGGACACCUCUAGUGCAAUUUAUAAGCAAUAUCGUUUACAAAAGGUUACAGAGAAGUAUCCAGAAUUGCAGAAUUUACCUCAAGAACUCUUUGCUGUUGACCCAACCACCGUUUUACAAGGAUUGAAAGAUGAGGUUCUCUACAAGUGUAGAAAGUGCAGGCGAUCAUUAUUUCGAAGUUCUAGUAUUCUGGAUCACCAUGAAGGAAGUGGACCUAUAGCCUUUGCCCACAAGAGAAUGACACCACCUUUCAAGCUUACCACAGGGAGGCAAGCUCAAUGUACAUCUUAUUUCAUUGAACCUGUACAGUGGAUGGAAUCUGCUUUGUUGGGAGUGAUGGAUGGACAGCUUCUUUGCCCAAAAUGCGGUGCCAAGUUGGGUUCCUUCAACUGGUAUGGUGAACAGUGCUCGUGUGGUAGGUGGAUAACACCUGCUUUUCAAAUACAUAAGAAUAGAGUGGAUGAAAUGAAAAUAUUGCCUGUUUUGGGAUCACAGACAAGAAAAAUAUGAACAUGGUAUUUUAUCGCUUCGGAAGAAACUUGCAGAUGAUAUGUGCUGCCCUUACUUCUUACCAUUCAUGGCAGAUUGUUUAGGCUAUCAACAUUUCAUUUGAAAUGUGAGAAGAUAAAAUCAUUUGAUGUAACCUGGAAACUAUACUUUGUUAGCUUAUUAUAUAAGUAGAAUAGUUUACGUGGCAAUCAAAACCUUUUAGUCAUAUACAUUUUAUUUGAUAUUAAAAUCUUUUAUAACCAGA